AAGGAAUUGCUCUUCCUUAACAGUCAUCAACUAAUAGCCUUCCAUUUUACUGUGGUCAAUGGCACUGAGCCGGAGGAUAGCGAAGAGAUAUUCAGUAAUACAUUCCCAGACAUUCCGCUGAGUACGUUACGUUUACUUGAUGAGUCAUCGAUGACUGGAGUUGGCCAUGGAAAUCGUUUCCAUCCCGGUCCUGUGUAUGCAAUU